AUGCAAACUCCUCCUCCUGGGGUGGUUCCUUUUAAGAGCUGCUGGACAGUUAAAUAAAGCCCCAAGCUUUGGCCCUGCUCUGAAAUUUCCUCGGAGGAGUUUUCCAAGUCUGUAGAGAUGGCUCAGCAAUUUGUGAAUUGCAAGAUCCGGGCUGACAAGGUGGUGGUCUUCAUCAAGCCCACCUGCCCUUACUGCCGAAAAACUGUCGAGCUUCUCAAGCAGCUGCCCAUCAAACCAGAGUCCUUGGAAUUUGUCGACAUAACUGCCCAGAGCGAUACAAACGCGAUCCAAGAUUAUUUGCAGCAGCUUACGGGGGCAAGAACCGUUCCUCGGGUAUUUAUUGGUAAAGACUGUAUUGGUGGAUGCUCAGAUCUUCAGGCCAUGGAACAGAAUGGGCAGCUGCUACAAAAACUUCAACAAAUUGGAGCAUUACAAUAACUUCAGGCACUUGGAAAAUGGAAUCACAUGAUGCUGUGCUGGAAUACAUGCCAAUCUUGCCUUUCCUUCAACACCUCCUGUCCUGCAAGAACAUUUUAUUUUAAUUCCUAACAUGUUAAACCAGGAAAAGGUGUUUUUUUUUCCCCUCCUGGAGCUAUUUCUUCUCCUACUGUCUUUCACAUUUCCAAAUGGCCUGGGAUCUCUCGUAGCUUAGCCAGCUCAAUAUUUAAAGGUCAUCUAGCUCACCCAAAAUCCUAUGGGAGAACUUCAGAAUUCUUUACUCCAACCCAAUAUUUUCUUCGGUCUUCAUCUUGUGAAGAUGAUGUGUGGUUUUAUUCUGGUUCAGUCAUCUAGCUUCCAGAAGCUUUUACCAGGUUCUGACUUGGAAUUGAAUGAAUUUAAUAUCAAAAACUUAUAGUUUGGAAACUAGAAGGGGCCUCAGGAGAUUUAACUAGAAGGGGCCUCAGGAGAUUUAAAUGAGAGGCCAAAGGGUGUUCUUCAAAGUGAUUUCUCCUGUGUGUUCCUCACAUUUUCUUUCUUUCCGCUAGGGUUCUCAAGCUCUCUUUCCAUAGGAUCAUAUAUUUAGGGUUGAGAAAAAGGGACCCAAGAGACCAUCUGCUCCACUUCAUCUCUUCACAGAUGAACUGAGUAUUGGGAGCAGAUUGGUCUUGCAAAUGACUUAACAUUAUGAAAAUCUUAGUAAUCAUGGCCUUUUGAAAAUUGAGAAUCUUUCAACAUAAAAUUUAGCUUUUUGGGGGAGGGGGUGUCAACAAGUACUGAUACUAGUCACAAGUCUUAUAAAAGUGGCUUCAUUUCCUAGAACAUCUUAUAGAGUUGAUCAAUUGUUGGGUCAGUUUCCUAUCAGCUUCCUAAACUAAAGGUCAUAAUCUGCAAUAUAGAAGAGUGAGGGGGCAGCUGGGUAGCUCAGUGUGUUGAGAGCCAGGCUUAGAGACGGGAGGUCCUAGGUUCAAAUCUGACCUCAGACACUUCCCAGUUGUGUGACCCUGGGCAAGUCACUUGACCCCCAUUGCCUAGCCCUUACCACUCUUCUGCCUUGGAGCCAAUACACAGUAUUGACUCCAAGAUGGAAGGUAAGGGUUUAAGAAAAAAAAAAAGAAGAGUGAAUCAAAUAUAUGAUUUAAAAUUAUAAAAAAUAAAAUUCACAUCGAAUUUCAGUAGCUAUAAUUCAGUAAAAUAAUAAUUUUAGGUUUGAAUCCAUCUUUAAUAAUCAUCAAAUAGAAGGUAUUGAGUACAUUUUCUUGGUAACAUCCCACUGAAUAAUACCUCUUAGAUCUAGUAUAAUGUAGAAAACAAAAAGGAACUGUGAACCAGAAAGAAUUUAGGAAACUCAUCCAAUAGUGGAAUAAGAGUAAAAAGAAAGUAAUAAAGAAUUAAGAGAGUAGCUAGAUGACACAGCGGAUAAAGCAAUGGGCUUGGAAUCAGGAAGACUUCCUGAGUUAGAAUCCAGGCUCAGAAAUUUACUACUAUAUGACCCUGGUCAAUAACGUAACCCUGUUUGUAAAAUGAACUAAAGAAGAAAAUGGCAAACCACUCCAGUCUCUUUGCCAAGAAACCCCUAAAUGAGAUCAUGAAGUCAUACAUGACUGAAAAAUGACUCAAAAACAACAAAAAAGAAUUAAUAACCAAAUCCCCAGUGAGCUCAAAGUCUUAAGAUAUUUAAAGCUAGGGAUGCAAAUAGCCUUUUCUCAUUCCUUUUGGUUAGUCUUUGCUAGCCAUUUACCUCCCUCAUAAACCGUGACCAUUACAGCUUUUCAUAAAAACACAAGGUUGUCUUUAAGGAAUAUGUAAAUGCUAACAGUAGCUCCCUUGUGAUUAAGUGGCUUGCACCCCAUUUGUGUACAUAGCCAGAAAUCUUAGACCCCUAACAUUUGCUUUGAGAUCUGAGAAGAUAGUCUGAGCCUGGAACUUUCUGAAGAAAUUUCUAGCACUUAUAAUAGUUAAUAGUAGACUUUGUGAUAUUUUUUGACCAGUUUAUUUGGGCAUUUUCAAAGGCAAUAAGCUACACAAUUCUGAAGCAAGUGUCUUUUCACAGUCAACUUACCCUGAGAAAAAAUGUUAUAUUAGCCAAAUCCCAGACUAGUAACUAGUAAACUUUUUUAAAAAAGUAAAAUAAAAUCUUGGCCAGGUAACAGCAGCUCCCUUUUAAAACUUUGAUAUUUCCUGGCUCUUGGUAACUCCUUGGUGCUCUGGGCAGACAGAGCUGAAGGGGUGGGGAGCAAAGGCAGUAGCAGCAAGACCAAUGAAAAUGCUAGUUUUAUAUAGUCACAGCUCACUCUGACAUUUCUUGCCAAGUGUUUCUUUGCAUUUGGAAACUCUGGAAUGGAAAAGACUCUUCCCCCACCCCCCCACCCCCCAUUAGCUUUACAUUCUUCUGGUAUUUUUACAGCUUGGCUGGUCUUUUCCCUUGCCUAGUAAUGGUGUUUGGAAUCCUUUGCAUACAGGAUACCCCCCAUCCCCAGUUUGUUUAAUUUGGGGGUACUGUUUUUAUUUACCUUUAUCAAGUGGACAUAGGUUGCUUGCUACAGAGGAACACAAGGAAGGCCAUGGCUGCCCCUUUCUUUCCCUAGUAUCUGAUGUAUGUUUGGUGUCAUAUUCCAUGGAUAUUAGAAAUCAAUCUAUGCAAAUGAUGUAUAAUGGAAUACUGAUAAUAAAUUUUAACUCGUGGAACAGCA